AACAUAAGGAAGGAGCAGAUGUACGGUGGGCAGAUGAAAGCUUUUCCAACAUCACUAAGAGGUGGUUUCAGAUCCUGAAGAGGUCUUUGAAGUCCCCGGAGACCUGGGUCCCAAGUGGUCUGACACUUCUCGUUUAACAGUCGCAGGGGUGGCGUGUGGUUCGGGGCACCUGCUCCCGGGCGCCUCCACCUGGCCUUAGCCUCCAGGCCAGGCAGGGUUCCUCCUACCUUUGCUGAGGCCAUUUGCUGUCACUCCGCCCACUGCCCCUCUCUGCCUCCUCCCCACUCCUUUUCCUUCCGUGCGCCUCCAUUUCUAACUACGCCUCCAGCCCAUUCGGGCCCUCCUCGGCUUCCGUCCCAGAUGAUCCCUCCCCGAAGCUGCCACCGCCUCCUCCAUCUCCCGGAGCUGGAGCCGCCUCCUCGGCCAGUGGCGUAGCCGAAUCGGUGUCGCGGCAAGCCAGAUAGGGGCGGAGGUCCGGAACCCAGUCUGGACCCGAGCGGGGGGCCAUGGAGAAAGCGGCCCGAGGCGCUGUUUACACCGACUAGCGCGGGCCCGUUGCGGCUGCAGGCACCAUGGACCGAGCCCCCACGGAGCAGAAUGUCAAGCUGUCAGCUGAGGUGGAGCCAUUUAUUCCCCAGAAGAAGAGUCCUGAUACAUUUAUGAUCCCUAUGGCUCUCCCAAAUGAUAAUGGAAGUGUUUCUGGUGUAGAACCAACUCCAAUUCCCAGCUACCUGAUUACUUGUUACCCAUUUGUGCAGGAAAACCAGUCCAAUAGACAGUUUCCUUUAUAUAACAAUGAUAUACGAUGGCAACAACCCAAUCCAAACCCUACUGGACCAUACUUUGCCUAUCCCAUUAUAUCUGCUCAGCCGCCUGUUUCUACAGAGUAUACAUAUUAUCAGCUGAUGCCAGCACCAUGUGCCCAGGUUAUGGGUUUCUAUCAUCCUUUUCCUACACCUUACUCCAACACCUUUCAGGCUGCAAAUACUGUAAAUGCUAUCACCACAGAAUGCACUGAGCGUCCAAGUCAGCUUGGACAGGUCUUCCCAUUGUCCAGCCAUCGAAGCAGAAACAGUAACAGAGGAUCAGUGGUCCCAAAACAACAGCUUUUACAACAGCACAUAAAAAGCAAAAGGCCGCUGGUGAAAAAUGUAGCUACUCAGAAAGAAACAAAUGCAGCAGGUCCUGAUAGUCGAUCAAAAAUUGUGCUUCUGGUAGAUGCUUCACAGCAAACUGAUUUCCCAUCAGAUAUCGCUAACAAGUCUCUCUCAGAGACCACUGCAACAAUGCUCUGGAAGUCCAAGGGCAGGAGAAGAAGAGCAUCCCACCCUACUGCUGAAUCUUCUAGUGAGCAGGGGGCUAGUGAAGCCGACAUUGACAGUGAUAGUGGUUACUGCAGUCCCAAACACAGCAACAACCAGCCUGCAGCAGGGGCUUUGAGAAAUCCUGAUUCUGGGACCAUGAAUCAUGUGGAAUCAUCUAUGUGUGCAGGUGGUGUAAAUUGGUCCAAUGUAACUUGCCAGGCAACUCAGAAAAAACCUUGGAUGGAAAAAAAUCAGACAUUUUCUAGAGGUGGAAGGCAAACUGAACAAAGAAAUAAUUCACAGGUUGGAUUCAGAUGCCGAGGACACAGUACUUCCUCAGAAAGAAGACAGAAUUUGCAAAAGAGACCAGAUAAUAAGCAUUUAAGCUCUAGUCAAUCCCAUAGAAGCGAUCCAAAUUCUGAGUCUUUAUAUUUUGAGGAUGAAGAUGGGUUUCAAGAACUAAAUGAGAAUGGAAAUGCUAAGGAUGAGAAUAUUCAACAAAAACUUUCUUCUAAAGUAUUGGAUGAUUUACCUGAAAACUCACCAAUCAAUAUAGUUCAGACUCCAAUUCCUAUUACCACCUCAGUUCCUAAACGUGCAAAAAGUCAGAAGAAGAAAGCUUUAGCAGCAGCCCUUGCCACAGCUCAAGAAUAUUCAGAAAUAAGUAUGGAGCAAAAAAAAUUACAGGAAGCUUUAUCAAAAGCAGCUGGAAAAAAGAAUAAAACACCUGUGCAGCUAGAUUUAGGGGACAUGUUAGCUGCUCUGGAAAAACAACAGCAAGCAAUGAAAGCACGGCAAAUUACUAACACCAGACCUCUGUCAUAUACAGUGGUUACUGCAGCUUCUUUUCACACUAAAGACUCUACUAAUAGAAAACCUUUAACCAAAAGUCAGCCCUGUUUGACAUCCUUUAAUUCUGUGGACAUUGCUUCUUCUAAAGCAAAAAAAGGAAAAGAGAAGGAAAUUGCAAAACUAAAACGACCCACAGCACUUAAAAAGGUUAUUUUAAAAGAAAGAGAGGAAAAGAAGGGUCGCUUAACUGUGGACCACAAUCUUUUGGGAUCCGAGGAACCAACAGAAAUGCACUUAGAUUUUAUUGAUGACUUGCCACAGGAGAUUGUUUCCCAGGAAGAUACUGGACUAAGCAUGCCCAGUGAUACUUCACUCUCUCCAGCAAGUCAGAACUCUCCAUACUGUAUGACACCUGUGUCACAAGGCUCUCCUGCUAGUUCUGGAAUAGGCAGUCCAAUGGCAUCUUCAACAAUAACCAAAAUCCACAGCAAAAGAUUUAGAGAGUAUUGUAAUCAGGUUCUUUGUAAAGAGAUUGAUGAAUGUGUGACUCUUCUUCUCCAAGAGCUUGUCAGUUUCCAGGAACGCAUCUACCAAAAAGAUCCUGUAAGAGCAAAAGCAAGGAGACGACUCGUUAUGGGUCUAAGAGAAGUUACCAAACAUAUGAAGUUAAACAAGAUCAAGUGUGUUAUAAUUUCUCCAAACUGUGAAAAAAUCCAGUCAAAAGGUGGUCUGGAUGAGGCUCUCUAUAAUGUUAUAGCCAUGGCACGGGAACAAGAAAUUCCUUUUGUGUUUGCCCUUGGAAGGAAAGCUCUAGGACGCUGUGUGAACAAGCUGGUUCCUGUUAGCGUAGUGGGAAUCUUCAACUACUUUGGUGCUGAGAGCCUGUUUAAUAAAUUAGUAGAACUCACUGAGGAGGCCAGGAAAGCAUAUAAAGAUAUGGUUGCAGCAAUGGAACAGGAGCAGGCUGAGGAAGCCUUAAAGAAUGUGAAGAAGGUACCACACCACAUGGGACAUUCUCGGAAUCCCUCUGCAGCAAGUGCCAUUUCUUUCUGCAGUGUUAUUUCUGAACCGAUCUCUGAAGUAAAUGAAAAGGAAUAUGAAACAAAUUGGAGAAACAUGGUGGAAACUUCAGAUGGACUGGAAGCAUCAGAAAAUGAGAAAGAGGUAUCCUGUAAGCACAGCACUUCUGAAAAACCCAGUAAACUUCCAUUUGACACACCCCCAAUUGGUAAGCAGCCGUCAUUAGUGGCUACAGGCAGUACUACCUCAGCUACAAGUGCUGGGAAAUCCACAGCAAGUGAUAAAGAGGAAGUGAAGCCAGAUGACCUGGAAUGGGCCUCACAGCAGAGUACAGAGACUGGCUCUUUGGAUGGCAGUUGCCGAGAUCUUUUGAAUUCCUCCAUCACCAGCACCACCAGCACUCUUGUACCUGGCAUGCUUGAAGAAGAAGAAGAUGAAGAUGAGGAGGAGGAGGAAGAUUAUACUCAUGAACCCAUAUCUGUAGAAGUGCAGCUCAAUAGUAGAAUUGAGUCUUGGGUCUCAGAGACCCAGAGAACUAUGGAAACCCUUCAGCUUGGAAAAACCCUUAAUGGUUCUGAGGAAGACAAUGUAGAGCAAAGUGGAGAAGAGGAAGCAGAGGCGCCUGAGGUGCUGGAGCCAGGGAUGGACAGUGAGACAUGGACUGCUGACCAGCAGGCCAGUCCUGGGCAGCAGAAGUCCAGCAACUGCAGCUCACUCAACAAAGAGCACUCUGAUUCUAAUUACACAACGCAAACUACGUAACUCAGGAAAUGUCGGCUCUCUAUCUCCAGCUGUGGAAGGGUUGCAGCCAUUACCUUUUAUGCUUCAUCUCAACAUUUUGCACUGUCCAGUAUUUAAUAUACGUAUUUAAUUCCCAACAAAUAUUUUUGUAGCUUUUACUUGUUAUGAUCUGUAGCUUAGCUUUUAAUUAGUAUCUAAGUGUCUUUCUAAGAACUGUGUGGAAAAUUCAGAUCUGUUUCAGCUUAUUUUGUAAUCAAAAACAGUGAUAAAAAGAAGACCAGAUCUUAAAGAAAAUAAAUUUCAAAUGCUUACUUAAAAGUCAUUUUGAAAGUUAAAGAACAAGGUUCUAAGGAUAGAAGCAGUUAUCAGUGUUUGCUUCAGGACUCCACCUCCUCUACUCUAAUUUGACCAAAAAAUUGUUUGGGCUUCUUUAAAAAAGAACUGGGGGUGGAGUCAGAAAAUUAAAUGAAAGGCUGAGGGUAACUAAGUCCACCAGUGUUGUAUGUUAAAAAAUCAGUGCAACUUUUAUGUGGUCCACAAAUGUUUAGUCAGAAGUCACUGAUUAUUGUAAUUAAUUAGUGUUGAGAUGGGCUAAAACAGAGCCUUCAAAACUUCGGCUAGCAGUGGAGCCACCAUCUUAGAUUAUAGCUAGCUAGCCUCAUUUGUGGAAAGUGAUAGAUGCUGUCUAUAAUAGUGAACAGUCACCCAUGAUAGGACCUCCAGGUUCUGUCUCAUAUUUGCUUCUUACUUACCUCAGGAAUGCUCUUGUACAUAGACUUAUUUACAAAAAGCUAGGCACAUGUUGACAGGUGAAUAACUGUAACCGAUUGUAUGACUGCUGCACUUACAUGUAAACUCUUCAGAAACAAAGUCUUGUGUGUUCUCUUGCAUGCUUCUGGUUCAGGACUCUUGAUUUGAGAUAUGGAUUUGAUUGAGUAUCCAAACUUGUCCUGAGUGCAAAACUGUUUCACCUUUUAAAAAAUACCUAUUUUGCACCUAGCCUUGAGCACCUUCCACAUAGCAAUGACCAUAGUUACUGUCAGGAGGUCAAGGAAAGGAACUUUGCACAACUUGUGACAUGUAUCCUGAUAAUCAAGGCUUAGAGGAGGAAGUUUUAGAAGAUAAGAGAAAGUUGUUCUAAUUGUGCUGAAACUAUUAGAUGAUUUAGAGUAUACAGAUAUGUAGGUAUUAAUUCUCUAUUCACUAUUAUUUAUCUCUGCCCUUCUCUAGGAGUUUGUAUACCUGCUUAGGAGACAAUAAAUGAGCUAAAUGUUUUAUUUGCUAGUCAGUCACCACCUGGACUUCAGUGACUUUACAAGUUUAUGUAAUGGUGGAAGAAUGACAAACUAUGUAAUUUUUUUGUCUUCCAUCCAACUCCCCACCACCCCCAACUGUCCCCCCCCACCCCCACACAUGCACACAUCCGUAUGUGUGUGCGUUUUCCACUUACAAGCUUCCAUAAGCAGGCACAAAACUGAGAAGGAAGGGGUAUUUUCCCUGCCCUGAUUAUCUGGGGCAGGGCUUUGCCUCACAGAGGCAGGAGAGAAGAAUUGGGCAGAUUCUUUACUGAACUCAUUGGGACUACUGUGCUAGUUUUGAUGUUUUAUAAUGCUGGCAUUUAAUUACUGGAGAGAUUGGAUUCUUGGUUGAUGAUUUAGUAUUUGUGAAUUGUGAAAGUUUAGGAGCUGUGUAGAAAAUGUUAGUCAAUCAACUUUAUUAUUGUGCUAAAAGGGGACAUUCUUAUACUGUCCUGUCUAAACUGUUCUCCAGUAUAGACUUCCUAGGCACUAAAUAUCCAAUAUUUAAAGGAACACAGCAGGUAAGGAAUGAAGCCUCUGAAAUAGUACUCAUGGAUUUAUACAUGGCAGAUCUUACUGUCUCUACACAUUUGGAAGUGUUCGUUGGUUUAAAGAAAUGAUAGAGGUUUUGAACUACUGACAGUCUUAAAAGUGAAUUUAAAAACUGUUCAUACUUUUUAUGGUGUAAAUUUCCUUUGCUCGAUGUCAGUGAUUCAGAUAACUCUUGACCUUGAGAUGAUGGCUUUUCACAGGUUUCUUAUAUUUUAUAUCUCUUCUGAACAUGAAUUGUCAUUUUAGAUUUUUGACAUUUGUAUCAAAAGAGAAGUUGAGGAAAUCUUCAGAACACUGGUAACUUUUAGUUUUGCUAUAGACUUCAGAAGUGUUUAUUUAUAUGUUCGGUAAAUGCUCUCACAUAUGCAGUACCUCUUCUGCCAGCAAAUCCAAGGGACCAUAGCCUUUUUAUGAGAUAGGUCACCUCUAGAGGACAACCCAAGAAUUAUUAAAGGAAAUGUUACCAUUUUGAGAGCAUGCUUAAAUAAAUAUUAAUAAUGUCUUUAUAACUUGUUUCCUUUAAAUUUUGGAAUAUUGAAUUACAGGCUUUGGAGGAGUUGUGAAAAUUAGGAAAGUUUUAAUAUAUUUUUUGAAGUGGGCAUGGUUGGCUCUUUGAAGGACCUAUAAAGAGAUCCAGUGGGAAGAGUAAGGGUUGGUUCAUCAUCACAAGAAAUAAAAAACAUAGUGAUUUUUUCUCUUAAUGUGUAGAGGUGGUUUUACUGGCAAUAAUUAAUAAUAGAUUUCUAUUUCAGUAUGUAAGCAUAUUAACUAAAAUAUGAAUUACACUUCCAAAGUUAGAUUUCUGCUUCAGUAGGUUUGUUUGCUGUGAAGAUUACUUCUCAAAAGACAGAUGUUCAUAUUAGCUUAAUUUUUGGUUUAAAUAUGUUUGUAAAUGAUGUAAUAUAUUUCUUUUGACUAAAUGUGGAAAAGUAAUGUGUGUUAUACAUUGAGAAGUUUUUACUGGCUUUGACUGGAGGUUGUUUUUGCAGAGAUGGUAUUUUAUAUGAUUCCAGUAUUUGGAAAAGAAUUAGUCAAAAGGAAUUCACAUAGUUUAAAUACUGAGAAAUUAAUAUCCAAAUAUGUACUUGUCUGAUUUCUAAAUAAGCUGGGGGAGGAGGGAGGGGUGGGAAUUGAAAUGUGCAAAUGAGUAGUGAAUGCUACACUCAUUUUCAACUCUUUAACAUGAAACUGUUCAAUCUUAACACAUUGUUACUUUAAUAUAUGUAUAAAGAAGUAUUACUGUUUGUAAAGCUGCUGUUUGCUUAAAAAAAAAAACACCCUUGUCAUGUAUUUUCUGUAUGUUGGGCCAACAGGUUAGAACAUCAACUCAUUUAAAAAUUUUUAUCUUUUUUUGAUUUAAAAAAAUUCUGUGAAAUAAUUUAUUUACAGACAUCUUCCUCCUCCCUCAUCCCUUCCAACCUUUACAUACAUCACAGAAUCAACCAAACUGUUUGCCUAAUCUGAAAUCUGAAUCCUAAUGAGAAAAAUUUAAAUUUUGUUGGCACAUCACACCUUGAAAGUAUUUGUAUUAUUUUAUAAUUUAAUUUCUAAAUAUACCACAUAAGUUUAUAAUUUAAUGUCUUAAUUGUAAUGCUCUAAUAAAAAACUAACAAAAUUAGUGUGAGUUAUAACAUGAAGGGAUUUUCAUCUUUUGCUGUAUGAAGGAUAAUUGUUAUAUCACAUUUGGGGGGUAAUAACAGCUUUUUUGCACUAUGUAAAUACUAGUGGGGAUUCUUCUGUACUAAUAAAAUGAUUAUUGAAAUGAAA